AAAGUGUUAAGAAAUGGCAACAAAUUCAAGAUGAGUUACGAUGGUCAGUUUUCAUACAAGUCUGGCUUUGUGUACAAUGAACUACGCCUAUCAGGAGAACUCACCGAUGCAGUCGUCAUAGUGGAAGAAGUUGAAUUUCCCAUCCAUAAGAUUAUCCUUUACAAUUGCAGCCCAUACUUUGGAGCCCUCUUUCUGCGGUGGUCAACCCCGGAGCAGAGGGUCUAUGUCAUUCAUGGCCUGAGCGCUCACUUAAUGCAGUUUUUCAUUGAUUUUGCAUACACCGGCUCUGUGUCAGUGACCGAGGACAACGUACAGGACUUGUUGAUAGCCGCUGAUAAGUUCAGUGUGAGUGGCAUUGUUCAAACCUGCUGCACGUUCCUAACAGAGCAGCUCUGCCCGGAGAACUGCGUUGGCAUCUGGCAGUUCACCAAGAACUGUUACGCCCCGGAGCUGCAGCUCCAGGCCUUUGAAUAUAUGCUUUAUUGCUUUGAGGAGGUAGCGAACACUGAUGAGCUGCAGCAACUCUCUUUGCAGGACUUCUGCGACAUCCUCGACAGAGACGACCUGAUUGUGAAAAAGGAAAACACCAUUUAUGAGGCCAUCCUCCACUGGAUUGCACACGCUCCAGGAGAGCGUAGCGGAAGCAUUGCAGUGCUCCUGGAGAAAGUGCGUCUAGCUCUGACGAGUCAAGAGUUCAUCGCCAUCAACGUAUUGACCAAUCACCUGGUGCUCAACUGCGGCAAAUGCCUGGAAAUGGUCACGUUUGCUACCCGCGUGAUUAACCACAUGACAGCAAAUUGCGUGUCAGGAUAUUGCAACAUCAUCGCCCGUCCUCGCCUCCCCUCUACCAUCCUGAUGGCGAUCGGUGGUAGGAAUGGGCGUAAUCCAGCACACCGCAUUGAAGCCUAUGAUGUGCACGCCAACUGUUGGGGCUACCUGGUCGACAGUAUGGAUCAGCCCCGUUCUUACUGCGGCGCCGCCUUUCUUAAUGACUGCAUCUACUGUCUGGGUGGCUUUGAUGGUGCGGAACAUUACAACACCGUCAGCCGCUUUGACCUGAACACACGCACCUGGCAGGAAGUGGCACCCAUGCACCAUCGCCGCUGCUACUUGAGUGUAACUGUGCUAGACGGUUGCAUCUACGCAAUUGGAGGUCAUGACGGACGAGUACGACUAAAGACUGCAGAGUACUACUCACCUGAAACCAACCAGUGGACUCUUAUUGCUAGUAUGAACGAACUGAGGAGUGACGCCAGUUGCACGGCCCUCAAGAACAAGGUUUACAUUUGCGGUGGUUUUAAUGGAAAUGAGUUCUUGCAAACAGCAGAAUAUUACAGCCCAGAAACCAAUGAGUGGACAAUGAUAACGCCAAUGAGCAGCCGUCGCAGUGGCAUUGGAGUCGUCGGGUUUGCUGAUCACAUUUAUGCAGUUGGAGGUUAUGAUGGCGACAUACGUCUGGCCAGCGCAGAGGCUUAUAACCCCCAGACUAACAACUGGAUAAUAUUACCACCCAUGGAGUGCCCACGAAGCAACUUUGGCAUUGAAGUAGUUGAGGAUCGCCUUAUUGUUGCUGGGGGUUACAAUGGCGUCUCCCCAACCAAGCUUGUAGAGUACUAUGACCUAACAACUGGUCUUUGGUCUCCAGCCAGCGACAUGGGGGUCUCCAGAAGUGGCUUGACAUGCUGUGUGAUGUCUGGACUUGGCAACAUAACACAAUAUGCUAUGCUUCGAAACGAUCUACCUUUGCUACUAUUGGAAGACAAUACGCAGGAUACGUCGGAUUGGUCCAACCACGCUAUAAACUCUGAAAUUGACUGAAAAGCAUCUGCACCAAUGCAUAAAAAGAAGAGUGAAGAAUGGAAAACUUUCACAAAACUGUAUUUU